AUGGCGAUCAACGGGACUUUACAUAAAUAUAACGCCCGCCAUGUGGCAUUCGAACACGCUACUAAGGAUUCUCCAGACGCCCAGGAGCAUCUCCUGCUGUACAUUGGCGGUUUGACCGAUGGACUGCUGACAACCCCUUACACGACUCUGCUGGCACAGAGUCUGCCUAAGCACUGGACGCUGGCGCAACCAUUGCUCGCGAGUUCAUACGAGGGCUUCGGCUGUGCUUCUCUGCAGACCGACGCCCAAGAGGUGGCAGAGUGUGUGUCUUACUUCCGGACAAAACAGAAGAAGAAGACUAUUGCUCUCCUGGGCUGUUCGACAGGGUGUCAGGAUAUCAUGACGUAUCUGUUAAAAGCCGAUUCCCCGGCCGUGCAGGGGGGAAUGUUGCAGGCGUCUGCGAGUGACCGGGAGGCGAUGGGAAUGUUCGUGACGGCGGAACAGAUGAAGAUCGCCGUCGACGCCGCCCAGGCAUUAGUCGACAGGGGCAUGCCGGAAGAGAUUGUGCCGAAAGAACAUCUACCGAAAUUCAUGACCACGCCGAUGACCGCGAGGCGGUUCUUGAGUCUCGCCAGUCCGAACCACGACAGCGAAGACGACAUGUUCAGUUCGGAUCUAAGUGAUGAGCAACUAGCCCGCACAUUUGGCGCAUUGCCUGCCAGCACCCCGCUAUGUAUCUUCUACUCGGGGAACGAUCAGUUCGUGCCCGCCACUGUCGACAAGGAAAAGCUGGUUCAGCGCUGGGUGGACGCCAGUCGGAGAGGGAACUCGGCAGUGGACGAAGAGUUCUCGGGCGUGAUCCUGGGGGCAACGCAUACGCUUGAGGGAUCGCCGGAGAAGACAAUGACAGACUUUUUCGGGCGAGUGACUGGGUUUUUGAGGAAGAUUGAACAAUGA